AUGCGUACGUUCAUGGGCUUCUGCCAGAGUGCGGUCAUCGAGAAGCUCGACACGUCCGUCGCCACCAUCAGAAGUCAUAUCGCAGGUCACGUCACCAUAUUGAACUCCACACAGCAGGACAUGGUAUCGCAGCAGGGUCAGAUCUCGACGUGGAACGAGCAGAUCGUAGACCUUGCAUGCCAGGUGGAGAACAUGAUGCAAGGCAGUGUGUUCGGCAAUGCGACAACCAUCAGCGGCAGCAUUCUUGCAGAGCCAGGAAGACAGUUGGCAUGUGCUGCUGGCAAGACCUACCACUUGACGCUCGGGAUCGCAUGCGGCCCGUUCUUGCAGGAGCUCAAGCGCUCGCCCAAAG